ACCCACUCACCCACUUAACGGAAUUCUAACUCCGUCAACUUCCCCCACCUCCUCUUCCCAUGCUUUAUCUUCUCUCUCUUUCCCUUUUAUUAUUCCAUCUAUUUUAAUAUCAUUUUUUGUAUUAUGUUAUAAAAACGUUUCACAAAGAUUCUUCUCCUUUUUUUUUUUGAAGUUGCUACCUUUAACAUCGAUUUCAGUGCCCGGUGGCUUUUCAGUGUUCUAAACGAAAAAAUAGAACAAGGGUUUUUGAUUUAUUGGAUUAGCAUUACUGGGUUGGUUUUGAUUUUCUGUUUUGUUCAACAUUUUGGAUAAAGUUUCAAUUUUUACUUUUUGUGAAAAUAAUGUGGGGUAGGUGGCGGUGUUCCAGUGGGGGGUUUAGAUCAUUGAGCAAAAGGGUAUCUUCUAUUGUGAAUCUAAGUCAUGGUUAUGAGGAAAAGGUUCAUCCUUUUGGAUUUGGUCCUCAUUUGUUAGGUUUAAGGGGUGCUGUUACAGUGACAUGUGGAAGGGGAAAAGGAGUUGAAUAUUUGUCAGGUAUGAUGAACCAGAUGAAGAGGGGUUUUUCAUCAUCUUCCAAUGUUGGAAAUGGAACUGAGGAAACUAUAACAUUCUCUGAGGCUAAGAAGCUUAUGAGAUUGGUGAAUGUGGAGUCACUUAAGAUGAAACUUGGGAUGGAAGGGAAGGAAGUUAUUUCGUAUGGUGAGCUUCUUCAAGCUUGUGAGAGUUUUGGUAUUGCCAGGAAUCAUGAUGAGGCUGCUACGUUUGCUAAGGUUCUUGAUGAGGCUGGGGUUGUUUUGCUCUUCAGGGAUAAGGUUUAUCUGCAUCCUGAUAAGGUGGUGGAUCUGAUUCGAAGAGCCGUUCCACUGGCACUAACUUCCGACGAUGAUCCUAUGAGGGACGAGUUAAAGAAACUGCAAGACAAGAAAAUAGAAAUUGACAUGUUGGCACAUAAACAGGUGCGACGCGUCCUUUGGUCUGGACUAGGAUUUGGCGUAUUUACCGUCGGGCUCUUCUUCCGGCUAACAUUCUGGGAAUUCUCAUGGGAUGUAAUGGAACCUAUUGCGUUUUUUGCGACCACCGCCGGAUUGGUUACCGGCUACGCCUACUUUUUAUUCACUUCAAGAGACCCAACUUACCAAGACUUGAUGAAGAGGCUGUUUCUUUCAAGGCAGAGGAAGCUUUGUAAGAAACAUAAUUUUGAUGCAGAGAGAUUCAUGGAGCUCCAGUGCAAGUGCAAAACACAUAUACAUUCUAGUACUGUUUUGAAAAAUAGCACAGGGUUUGAUGUUGAUCUUGAUGAUGCUUUACAUAGAGAUUAACAUUUUGAGAGUUAACCUUGUUCCACCUGUUUUAACAUUGGUGGAAGAAUGAUUAAUCUAACCAUAGUUUUGGGUUAUUAGUUAAUACACAGAUCUUUCAUUUUCAUGACCGUGCAUAAUAAUAUAUUAAUGCCAUAUGCAACCAUUACUUUUCUUCAAUUUCUUGAUAUACUCGUUAAAGAAGUAAUUGUUUUGUCUAUUCUUUGAGGGUCACUGUGGUAAUUCUGACCUGUUGCGGGUGCAACUAUUUAGAAUCUUUGAAAUAUUAUUAUAUCUUGGAGAUUUAUGUUUUCA